GUCUCUAACAUUUUCAAUGACGAAACCGAAAAUGACGUCCUAAGCCCUUAAAUUGAUAUCGUUGUUAAAAACAUUUAAAGUGAUUUAGGUAGCCCAUUUUGUCUUUUUUUUUUAACUUAUUUAUUUUUUCAUAUUUUUUAGUAUUAUUACUCUAUCUCUUUCCUUGAUGUUGAAAGUGCCUUGACUUUUGUGUGAAUUAUAUAUGUAUGUUUGUUGUUAAAAAAAAAAAAAAAGUAUAAUUCUUAGCACUACGGCUAACAAGCAAACAAGCCACAAAGCAUAACUAAACAUGAUUGGCUGGCGCAAAAAAAACCCUUCCCGAGAUUCUGCAAUCUGAUUGGCUAAUAAUUGACUUGUUUACUUUGCCACCCCAACCGGAAGUCUGCUCAAUCAGCUCUAGCGAGUGAGCAGGUGUGUGAUGACGUCAUGUGUGUUUCCUGUGAUGAGCUGUCAGCGUCCACCUGACGACAGCACGCCAGCUAAAAUUGUUUAUAUCGAUUAAUUUAGCUAUGUUUAACCCACAAAUAAUGGACAAAUAAGUAGUUAAGUGGUACUUCUAUACUUACAAGAAUAUUAUUAUCCGCCAUAAAUUGGUUAUAAAGCGACACAAGAAGAAGUAUUUUGCCUCCAUCAUGGCUGCAUGUAAGGACUCAAGUGUUUGAGACAAGGAUCAUUUUGUCUACAAAAAUCCAUACUUUUGGACCAAAAGAGCUGGAGUUUUGAGAUCAACAUUUACCUGGAUGUGCCUUCAAAUCUCUAGAGGUCUUGGACUCUUAGAAAAUGUUUGGACCUUUUGACAAACACAUCCAGAGCUACCUGUCUGAGAGAAAGUGUCGCAGGACCAGACUGGUUACCAAAGACGGUCGCUGCAACAUCGAGUACGGAAACAUCAAGUACAGCAAUCACUUUGCCUUCCUAGCCGACUUCUGGACCACGUUUGUGGAGAUCCGAUGGCGUUUUGUACUCUUCUUUUUCAUCGCGUCGUUCACCUUGAGCUGGUUCAUUUUUGGCCUGCUCUGGUACUGGAUUGCCCGCAGUAACGGUGACUUGACGUGGCAGUCGCCCCCCGCGGAUCAUAUGCCUUGUGUUGACAAUGUUGUCGGACUGACCACGGCGUUCUUGUACUCCCUUGAAACUCAAACGACCAUCGGUUACGGUGGUCGAGCGCUCACCCCGGUGUGCCCUGGCGCUGUAGCCCUGCUCAUCAUCCAGUCUCUUCUGGGAGCCAUCAUCAAUUGCUUCAUGUGUGGAAUCAUUUUGUCCAAAAUCUCCUCACCUAAAAAGAGAGCAAAGACCAUCACAUUCAGUGACAUGGCUGUCAUCAGCCCUAAGAAUGGCGCUCUCUGUUUGUCUAUUCGAGUGGCCAACCUUCGCAAGACCUUGAUGAUAGGAAGCCAGAUCUACGGCAAGCUGCUGAGAACAACCAAUACAGCAGAGGGCGAGACAAUCAUCAUGGACCAGGUCAACAUAGACUUCACAAUGGACGCUGGAAAGGACAACCUUUUUUUUGUGUGCCCGCUCACACUUUAUCACGUCAUUGACAAAAGCAGCCCCUUCUUCGAGAUGGCGGUGGACACGCUCCACAAACAAGAAUUUGAACUGGUCGUCUUCUUGGACGGUACCGCUGAGUCCACCAGCUCCUCCUGCCAAGUCCGGACCUCCUUUAUCCCCCAGGAGAUCAUGUGGGGCUUCAAUUUUUUGCCGAUCAUCUCGCGAAGCAAAGAAGGUAAAUACAGGGUGGAUUUCUCCAACUUCUCUAAAGUGGUGCCUGUGGCCACUGCACACUGCGCCUACUGCUUCCACAACAUCAUAGGGCAUCACCUCCACUCCAAAGAUGGACUCGACAACCAGGGUUUCGAGGUCAUUGAUAUCGACGAUCUUGCAAGUAUCACCAAGAUGUAACACUUCGAGACACCAGGAACAACAUAUUGUUUUACCUCUCCUUAUGUAAGAAAAGUAGGUGCAGUGAACAGUUUGCUCACUCUAGGCCAAUUGCACCGUGCUGGUGUUUUCUGAUUAGUCCUAAAAUUGGGUGCAUUUUGAAAAUAUACUUCCGGUUACAGUUUCAAGUAUGAAAAUAUGCUACGGGUUAUUGCCAUAUUUCAAAACCUUUGUUGCAUGUGUCAUGAUUGCAGACUGACAGCGGACUCAGCCGGACAACCUCUUGGUAAAUGUUACAAUUUUCCAUGCCAACAAAGUAAGAAGGCUCUAAGUACAGUAAGGCUUCGCUCUUCAACACGAUGCUAAUUUGCAGUGGAUUUGCUAUAAACAUGCGACCCAUGAGCAUUAGUGACUUUAAAUGGCAAUUUCAAGACCUAAUAAAAGACUCAGAAAUUUAAAAAACAACAACAAAAUAACAACUUGAUAGCACAGCUGAAUGUUGAAUGUUUAAUAUAUAUAUA